AUGAAUACGUAUGCGAAAUAUUCAAAAAUACCCAAGUUGUUUUAUUUGUCCCUAUUAUUCUUGGCGAUGAAGUACGAGACGGGGCUGUGUCAUGCUAAUGAUCUUUUAAAAGCUCAAUUAAAUGUUUUAAAUUCAAGGAAUUUAUCUGAAAAUUCUGUUAUAAAUGAUAAUGUAAGUAAUAUUCCAAAACGUUUAAGAGCUACAUCCCGAUUUGAUGAGAAUGGAAAUCCAAUGCCAUCUAAUGAUAUGAUGGUAAUGUUUUUUUCUGACAGUAAUGAUAAUUCUAGUAAUUCGAUUCAAAACAGCGACAUUUCUAAUGGCAGUGAUAACUCUGAUAAAAGUGACUUAGAUAAUAAAGAUAAUAAAAGUAAUCAAAUUACGAAUCUAUUUGGCAAUGAUAUGAAUAAUUAUUUACAUUCCCAUACUAAUGGAACUGCAUUUGAUAAUCCAAGUACCUCCUAUUCUAGUAACCCAAAACUUUCAAACGAAAAUACCCCAUCCACAAGUUCGUUCAAUAGAAAUAAUGGUCAAGGUAUCAAAUCUAAUUCACAAGAAGUAAUUCAUGAUGAGGGUGCGAAAAGAAAAUGUUUAGAAGCAUAUAAAAAAAAUGAUAACCGCCAAAAGAAACAUGUAGAAAAAAAGAAACAUGUAGAAGAAAAUAAAGAUGUAGAAGAAAAUAAAGAUGUAGAAAAAAAGAAACAUGUAGAAAAAAAGAAACAUGUAGAAAAAAAGAAACAUGUAGGUAAAAAGAAAAAUAAUAAAUCACGGGAUAAUUUGGAACUUGCAGAAUCUUUCAAAUGGGAUUAUACUGAAGAAAAAAUUGCUCUUAAAAUUGCAGAUUGUAAUAAAGCAAAAGGAGCACUUGAAUGUUGGGAAUCGAAUGCUAUUGAAAGAUUACAUAAUAACCCAUCCUUAUCGAAUAUAUUGAAUGCUAUAAAUAUUAUUAAAGAGAUUGAAGAAAAUCAUUUUAAGGUUAUGAUAUUAGAAGAGCAAAAUAAUUGUAUGUUAUUAGGAAAAAUUAAUAGAAUACCAAAUAAAUUUAUAAAAGAAAAAUGGAAUUUUGCUUAUAGGCGAAUGCGCCAAGAAAUAAGUGAUAUAUUCCCUAAAAUAUUUGAUGAUUUAUAUAAUUAUACUAAAAAAUCUAAUUUAAAUGUUAAGAAUAUAAUUUCCGAUAUAAAUAUGAUUAGAAAUAAGUGUAUGCGACUAAGAGGAAUACUGCACAAGUAUAACCACCAUUUUUUUAUGGAAAGCAUUAAGAAGUUUUUGAAGGACAACCAAAACUAA